AUGAAGAAAAUGAGUACGAUAUUUGUUGUUGUUUUUAUGAAUUAUUUAUAUCAGCUAUCAGAACAAACCUGCAUUUCUCAGUCCUGUUUGACUCACUCUUUAUCGUGUUCAUCAGGACAAGUACUCUCUGUCAGAGCAGCCUAUUAUUACAAGAAGAGUUCGGGGCCGUGUGCAGAUGCGUGUGCGGACCCAACGAACUGUUGUAAUUAUAAGUCUGGUGACUUUUCUGUUGGGUCGUUAGAACCUGCGACACUGGAGUAUAUCCGACAUGAGUGCACUGCCCAACAAACGUGUACCUUUACAGUGCCGUACAAUUCUAACUCUCAUUAUAUAUUUUAUAAUACCGUGUGUGUAUCGGAAUCCAAGGUGUUGAGUUUACUCUGUAAAGAUUCCGUUUCAACUCUCUUCCAAUCGUACAUGUUUUAUCAUGGUCGACACCGCAGUGACUCAAAGGCUGUAACUUGUUCGUGUGAGAUCGAUGCACCAUCAGGAGAACUGAGUGUGAGAUCAGAAUACGUCAAUCUUCAUGCUACUACCUGUCCUAGCUUUUCGACCAGUUUAUCCAAAGUAAACCUAAACGCCUGUGGAACAAAUGGGUUACAGAAGCAGUACGGUUAUUUAGGAAAGGUAUCAGUACCACUGACACUGGACGUUAAGAACCUGAUUUCCAGAUCAUCAGACGUUUUCUGGCUGUUGUUUCAGGGUGCUGGAAGUGAACAAAUUACUGUGACGUGUCAAGGUUGUGGCGUCAAAGUUACAGGUGCAUGUGGAAGAACACAGCAUGUAUUUGUGGGUUGUUACGGAGCUUCCAGUUGUAAUAGCCAUACACUUACGUGUAAACCAGGCAAAUUUAUUGGACUAACUUCCAGACUCUACCGCGGACGAAAGGCAAACGCGGCAUCUUGUACACUGUCGUCAUGUAACACCGUGGCUGACUGCUGUGAAUAUGUUUCCAACGAUCCUCGAGAGCUGUUGAACCAGAAAGAAACCGAGCGGAUCCAUGCCAGUUGUGAUGGGAAAGAAACUUGUGAUUUUAACCCGGAUCUCAGCAAUCCUGCUUUUUAUACUUUCUCCUACUAUGUUUAUGAUUGUAUUCCAAGUACUAGUUUUGUUGAUGUUGUCACUGGUGGAUCAUUAUCUGGAGAAACUGAACUUUUCCUGACUUAUAAAGGUGCAUCACGAACAGCUGGCACGUCUACUUCCUGCUCCUGUGACAUCACUUCCGCUUCAUUUCCGAUAGACGUUUCCGUUUAUAGAUUAUCCUUACAUCCCGACUCGUGUUGCCAGUUUAAAAUGUCGUCAUCGUUAGGGGCGUUACCGUCGGCAUGCGCUGAACCAGAUGGUGCCAAGCUGUACACCUAUUCCUUCACGUCAUCAUCAGCACUGAAGAUUCAAUUGGACAACAUGAUCGCCAGGACUGGGGAUUCAUUGUUCGUCAGAAUAGGAAGCGCCAGUGGUAUAGAUGCAUCAUGUGGUGGUUGUUUCGAGCAGCCGGUUGUAGAGGAUGCUACAACUGUAUGUCAGUAUCCUAAAAAUGAAACCACAACUGAAGAAACAGCAACCGGAGCUAGCACAGGUGAUAAUGGUGGAGAUGAAGAUGGUAAUAUUAUUGCUAUAGCAGCCGGUACGGUUGGUGGUAUAGUGUUACUCGGGUUACUCAUCUUUGCUGUGAGACGAUUUAUGAGGUCCAAGAAAACUGAUCCUCUUAAUUUUUAA